UUUACAGGUAUAGCUAUCCGCUUACAAAUUAGCUUCUAUUUAUUCUAUGCGGUCUGGUAUGCGAUAUUUUUAUCAAAAUAUCAAAGCAUGGAAACACGAAACUCGACAGAAAGGAAGGCUUACGCGUCAUGUAUAAUUUCCUCUAUAAAGUCACACGAAUUGAUUCAAAAUUCUUACAACUUUAGGAAGACGUGAAUUUUUUUUACAUACGCGUUAUUUAUGUUGCCAUUGAGAUGAUUUGUUUUGAUAUGUUAUGGCGGAAAUAACUGAGAUUAAUCAAUUCGCAUUCGUCCUUGAAAGAUUUCAGACAAUUGCGAUUGGAGUUCCUCUUGUGGAAUGGAUUCACCGAAAUUAAAUAUAGACGACCUCGCAUUAAACACAUUUCAUACCGGGACCGACUUACACACGGCAGCAGUAAAUGGCGACAAACUUUCGAUCGAACGUAUUUUACAGCAACAAGGCGAUAUUCAAGCGCUCAACAAGGGAGAUAAAUACGGGCGCACGGCGUUGGUUUACACGGUUUUUGGCGAUUGGUACGAAUGUGCGGAGUUAUUGGUUCGUAACGGAGCGAGCAUACAGCAGGUUGAUGACGAUAGAAGGAGUGUACUCCACUGGGCUGCGUAUUUGGACCGGCCAAAGUUCAUUAAAUUAUUUCUCGAACAUGUCGACUCAAAUCUGGAAUGUAAUUUUGGCGACAAAGAUGGCAGGACUGCUUUACAUUACGCCGCGAUGCAGGCAAAUCCUAAAUGUCUACGGUUACUUUUAAAACGGCUCAUGAUGAACAAACGUACUCUGAACACGACGGACAACGAACAAAUGUCGGCGCUACACUGGAGCGUGUUUUACAACCGGCUGGAAAAUUUUAAACUGCUUAUGCGCGAAGGCGCAGACACAACAAAACGCGACGUGAAGGGAAGGUGUCUACUACACAUGGCCGCACUUAACCCCAACGCAGAUUCCGUGAAAAUUGCGCGCAUAUUAUUAAAACUUAAUCGACACAUUUCGCGCAAAUUUGACUGCCACAAAUGCACUUCGCUUCACUUGGCCGUUGCUAAUGGAAACCAGGAGCUGGUACGCGAGUUAUGCAUGGCCGAAGAGCCUGCGUUGAAUGAUCUCGAUGACUUGUCGCGCAGCGUUUUACACUACGCCGUACUCAGGAAUGACAUUGAUCUCAUUGAUAUUCUCGUCUCGGCUGGAGUGUUCGCGCACCACGUGGACAAUACUGGGGCGAGCGCGUUGCAUUACGCUGCCAAAAACGACAACGCGCAAAUCAUGAAGCGAUUCUUGGAAUGUUAUAAAAACCUUGAGGAUUGUACCGACAAUCAGGGUCGAACUGCACUUAUGUGGGCCGCAAGCGAGGGCUCUUUGGAAGUCCUCAAAUUGAUGUUAAAAAACUUGAGCUACUUUAACAUACACGCAAGCGACGAUCAAGGUUUGACAGCCUUGCAUUUCGCGUGCUUUGCUGGCCAUGAGGAAUGUGUUCAACUUCUCCUCGAGAAUUCGGCGGACAUUUCGCAACCCGAUAAACUCGGCCAAACAGCACUGUUUAAAGCUUGCCAGCAAGGUCAUAGAAGGAUUAUCGAUAUUCUAAUGGAUAGAGCAGGUACACCCAUCGAUAAUAAUGAACAUCAGAGCAACGCAAACCAGGGGAUAUUGGGUACAAUCGGGUCGCAUUUGUCGUCCAUCCGAGAAGAAUCGGUAGUAUCUAUUGACACGCUUAGAACAGCAGAGUUUGCUCACGUGAAUGAAAGAGCAAAUUUAGCCCAUAAGGAAAAGUCAUCACCUCCGGGAUACGAAACACCGGAGGGUGUAAAACCCGAGGGAAAACCUCGCGAGAAUCGAAUGAAAGCGUUCCGAUCUUUGGGGCUGACGGCGCGAAAUUUGGACUUGGGCGAGUUCAGCGAGGCUCCGGCAGACUUUUCGUCGCAAACGUUGGACAUUCACAGACUUGAGGACGACAACGGUUGCACCCCCCUGCACUUUGCUGCGCAUGCCGGUCACAAAUCCGUGUGCACGUGGCUGCUCAGCCAGGGGGUGGACCCGGGAAAGAAGGACGUGCAGGGUCGCACGGCCUUGCACGGGGCAGCCUUCAAGGGGCACACCGAGUGCAUGGCGUUGAUGCUGUCCCACAACCCGGACUUGGUUAACGAUCGUGAUGACGAUGGUUACUCGGUGCUACACCACGCCGCAAUCAACGGUCAACUGGAAGCCGUGAAACUCCUCGUAUCCGAUCCUUUCCAGGCCUUUUUAAAUUACCGUGUCACGUCCACGGACUGGACACCGUUGGACUUCGCUAUGGCCGCUGACCACCAGGACGUGAUUCAGUUUCUCAUGGACAACGGAGCGUUGACGAUUGCUCGGCUUCAGGACCUCGCGGCCGAUAAGAUCAAAAAGUUCCUGAGGCGUUUGGUUCUCCGGAGGCGCGAAGAGAAAGUGAAACCGCUGAUCGAAAGGCACAAACAGUUGACGAAAGAGGAACACUUGAAACACUCUGAACACGAGGAGAAAAAUGAUAUGCAUGAUGACGUCACUUACGAUGACGUCACAGAAGUCUUUAAUAAAGACAAUGAAACUAAAUGUAGUCAAUUAAACGAUGAAGCUAUUGACCGACAGGAUAGCUCAAUGGAAAAUACCGAUAGCGAAACUUCGAAGCGAAAGGACACGGUACACAACGAUUUGAACUCGGAGGAUCAUCGGCCUACAGCUGAAGUUAGCAAUGGGUUACGUACGAUCACGGAAGAUGAGAAGAAGAACUUUGACUUGUACUCGGAGAGCGAUCUCUCGACGACGGAUGACGAACAAUUACGAACGUUCCCGGGGCUGUUUUACGACAUGGAAAUAUGUGAUAACACCGAGCAAAUUUUGUUGCUCAAUGCUUGUUACCAUGGCGACGUGACGCAUGUACAAAAGUUGCUUCAGGGAAACGUAAGUCUGGACUAUCGCGACGAAAAUGGCUGUACUGUUUUGCACUUUGCAGCCGGACAGGGCAAUGAGACGAUUUGCAAGUAUUUACUACAGCAAGGUGCAGAAACGCGCAUGCGUGAUAUAAACGGGCGAACACCAUUACAUAACGCUGCGAUUUCUGGGAACACGAAUUGCGUAUCACUGUUGCUAAGCUACAACCAAGACAUAGUAUCGUAUUUGAAUUGUGACCAUCGAAACGCAUUGCAUUAUGCGGCUGGAAUGGGACACCUCGAUACGGUGAAGUAUCUUUUGUCUGAUGCCAGUUGGGUCCGAGACUAUUCCGCAAAAUCAACCCCGCUGACCGCAUUAGAUUGCGCUAUUCUCGGUCGUCAUGACGACGUCGUGGAGUUUAUGAUUGGACACGGCCUACAACCGAGCGGACUGUUGGAUCGGGCUGCGCGGGUUAUUCAAAAGAAUUUUCGCAAAUGGUCGGAACGACAUAGAACGCAACAUCCGAAAAAUCAAAAGAGACCUUUUGCAGUUAGUGAAAACAAGUUGACAAAUGAUCAAGGCACCUCGAAACAGAGCGAAAAUAAGAAAAGAAGUGACAAAAAUAGUGAAAAUGGUUUGAUCAAGAAUAGUAAUAAUGAGAAAAGUUUGGAAAAUACCAAAAGAUCGUCAGCAAAUCUCAAAGAAACUAGCUUGGAAGCGAAGAUAACAAAAGCAAAAUUUAUGUACGAAACCAAACGUCCCACAACAGAAAAAGAUAUGGACACUCACAAAUUGAACUGUAAUCCGAAGGACAGAUUAUCUGAGAGAUUAUCUCAGGAGAUUAAAUCUAAUCCUGGAAAGAAUAACGAACGCAGGGCAACAAGUGGAUCAACUUACUCGAAACAUUCGCUAGACUUAAGCAGAACUGGUCCUCCGCGGGAAAACAGCGCGCGGGCUCAGGGAAAUACUGGUUUGACGUUUGCGCAAUCGAAUGUCGAGAAUCUAUCGCGCGCGCCGCAAAGCGUCAUCGUGGCGGCUGGAAAGACGGAGAGAAUAUUCGAGUUGCGCAGUAAUUGGGAGCGCAUUGCGCUUCUCCGGCGCAAAAAACAAGCAGCGCUCGUGAUUCAAAGACACUUUAGAAAGCAUUUGAAAUUAACGAAAGAAAAAGUUCGCGAUAACAUUGCUACCGAUCUAUGCAAGACCAACAAAGAAAAAAGCAAAGCGGGUGUUAAUCCUAGUGAACAAUGCGAGGGAAUCUCGCAUAAGAAUAACCAUGAAAAUGAGACAAGCGUGCUUGGUAUGAAUUUAGCUUUCGAUGCGACAAAAAGAACCGGUAAAAUCCCAUCUGGCGUGAGAGGUACAGCUCAAAAAUCACCUCAAAAAAACGACAAUAAUACUACGCGAGAAAAGGUAAAUAAAAUCCAAUCAAUUGCAGAGAAAAAUGCGCAGUCAAAUUCCGAAAUGUACAGCCAAAAACUAGCAUCUCCUAGAAGGCUCACUCGGAAAGCCGUCGUCAACCGACUUCGCCCGACAUCACCCGAAUAUGGUUCUUCAGAAAAUGAGCCUUUACGUGAAAAAAGUCAGUACAAAAGUUCAUUCCCGUUAUUGUCCCCGCCCUCAUCUGCGCCAGCGGACGGCCGGUCGCCUAGCAACAGACGUGUUCACGCAGCACCGAUAUCCCCAAAGUCUAGUUCAACGUCAUCAAAUCGGUCGCCAAGCAACCCAAGAGUGAAGAAUAGACACGACAACUCGUCGCCUAGCAACAGGAGUGUUGACGUGGGACAGGUAUUGAGUAAAAAUGACCUAGUGCAAAAGUGGCUUUCUGAUACACUUGGCGGAGAUUCGUCCCCGAAUACGAAAAAUACAGACCCACAACUGGAAACACCAAACUCGGAGCCGCGGUCAAGAAAAACGGAUCCCUCAAAAGUUGCCCGUAGACCGUCUUCCCAUCCCACACGUGUUCGGAGAGACUCGCUGAUUAAGAAUGUUUACGGCUCGCCAGCAGCUCAUUCUUAUAACUUUGCUUUGGAUACUUAUCAUCCGCUGGCAUCACGACGCGGGCGCAAAGACACCGCUUUUCCGUUUAGAACUAGUAGUCGAUUAAGACCAAAUAGUAUGAAACGCGUCGAGGGGGGCUGGGUACGAACUACCGAGUAUGGCCUGGAAUCUACAACCAGCGAGUCUUGUAAUAACACGUAUUAG